AUGACGCUGCUUACAAGCCGUCGACUGCGUGCUAAGGUGCAGAAGACAUGCUACAACGAUGCUGAAGCUGCUACGAUUAUCGUGACAGAGAAUGAAGUUGAUAAUUUUAUUGCUGAAAGGGAAGAAAAAAACGACGAAUAUAUCAGCGAUGACGUACUUGUAGGUCAAAAGCGUCGUUUGAAUUCGUCUUCUGCGCAAUUGUCCCAACUGGACGCUAGCAUUGACUCGGAAAUGGGCGUUGUGGAAGAAAUUUAUUGCGAAAAUUUUAUGUGCCAUCGCAAACUACGUGUCUCUCUAUGUCCGCACAUAAACUUUAUUACAGGCGAGAAUGGCAGUGGAAAGAGUGCCAUUAUUGCUGCUAUACAAAUUUGCCUUGGAGCCAGUGCGCGCAGUACUCAUCGCGGUAAGAGUAUCAAGAAUCUCAUUCGGCACGGCUACGAAGGCAAUGCUUUGGUACGAAUUACGCUUAGAAAUGACGCAGUAGGCAGCGAUGCGUUUCGUCCCGAAAAUUUUGGUCGUCGAAUCAUUGUGGAGAGACUUAUUCGUCGAGAUGGAUCAGCUGAAUACAGACUUAAAGACGAGAGAGGAGUGCUAGUUUCUAAGCUCAAGACAGACUUAGAUGCGAUGUUGGAUCAUUUGAAUAUUCAGACAGAGAAUCCGUGCGCGAUUUUAGACCAGGAGAACGCAAAGCUAUUUCUUAAGGGCAAUCCACAAGACAAGUACAAAUUCUUUUUACAAUCGACAGAUCUGUAUAAAAUGAGAACGACAUACUCCAAGAUUGAUGAAGAGACAAGGAAUAUCGCAGAGUCGACGCUGAAAAGAGAAAAGGCCAAGAUUGCGACCUUAGAAAAGGCCAUGGAGGAAGCCGAAAAGCAGUGGGAAGAUGCGCAGAGUAUUGGAAAGCUGGAAGAAGAGUUUGAAGUGCUUAAAAAGGAGCUUGCAUGGUCGUUUGUGGCUGAGAAGGAACAGUCAGCGGCGAAGAUGGAAAAGAAAAUGAGGCGUAAGAAACGCGAUGCAGAGCUUGCAGCUGAUGAGUAUGAAAAAACAAAGGGGGCGGUGGACGACAUGGAGAGAAAACAGAAAGAAAAGAAUGAUAGGUUAGAGGAAGUGAAUACUCGCUUGAACGAAAACAGCCAACGAAAAACAGACGUGAAAAACCGAAUCCGUGAAGCGCGUCGACCGUUGCACAUGUGUAAAGCAGAGUUAAAACAGUUGACGCAAUCAAGGCAACGUGCGAAUCAGCGUUUGACACGCCUGCAAGACGACGUGCAGAAGAAACGUGAGGAUCAUGAAGUGAUGAUGCGCACCCGAUUGCAGCGGAACGAUAAAAUGCGUGAACAAAUCGAACGAAAGCGUAGAGAGGUGCACGAUGCAGAGUGUGAACUCAAUGAAACGAAAGAACAUGGUCAGACGCGUCCGGAGGAGCUAGACGAAGUGGAUAAUCGCUAUGAUCGUUGUGUUCGUCAUUUGCGUGAUUCAGAGGUCGAGAUGGGAAAGACUCAAGCAAAAAUUAAUCAGCUACGGGGUCAGAAGCGCGAUAGUUUAGCAGUGUAUGGUAGUAGAAUUCCGCAGUUGCAACAGCUCAUCCAUCAGAAUCGUCAUCGCUUUUCCGAACCUCCCAUUGGACCUCUUGGUCUCCAUGUCAAGCUUCCUGAAAAGUUUAUGCACUUCGCUGUUGCAAUCGAGUUGGCGUUGAAGGGGACAUUAGGAAGCUAUCUUGUUGUCAAUGGCCGUGAUAAAGCCUUGCUUGAUGACUUGAAGCGCCAAAUUCAUUGCCCGCAGAACCAGGCAAAUAUCAUUAUAUCGCAGCGCAGUGGACGCCGAUACAACAACUUGCGAUUGGCUGAUGGGGAUUUAGCAGCUCAUGCAAUCUGCAACAUUCUAGAAGUGGAUGACGACGAAGUCUUCAAUGUACUUGUUGAUGUAUGCAAUUGUGAGAGCAAACUACUAUUUGAAACUCGUCAGUCAGCCGAAAAAAGUGUUUUAAGUGGAUCAAGUGGCAAUUUUCGAAUGGCACGCUUUGUAACGGAAGUGUAUCUUCCGAAUGGUGACAAGUUUGUCGUUCGAUCUGGUAAUUUGGCUUUUAUAGCCAACAAAGGUAAUCGUCGCAGCUCGAUCAUCUGCCACGAUGUAGAUGGCGAGAUAACGGAGCUGAACAAAAAGUUAAACUUUUUGCAGGGGAAUAUGGAUGUGCUGCGUCGCGAUGAGGCUCGAUUGAGACAGCAUCGCGAAGACUUUCGACGGCAGAUAAAGGAACAAAACGACCGUAUUGAUUAUCUGUCGCGCCGAUUUAACCAAAGGAGUGCUGAACUUCGAAGGCUGGAAGAUGAGCUAACUGAUGAUAUGCAACAGCACACUUUAGAUACUUCGGUGCUGGAAGAUGAAGUUCGAUCUGUCAAAAUUGAGCUGGAGGAAUUCAAUCGUCGUGAGGAGGAGCUAAAUGAGAUUUUAGCCAAGACCAAUCCAGAUCUUGAGGGACAAUUGCGUGAACUCGAAGAAUUGGAUGCUAUAGAAAAGGAAAUUGCUGCUGCGAUGAACGAGUUCCAGGAAGAUGCUGAUGCUGUCUAUAAACAAUUAAGCGAAAUGAAGGUAAAAGAAAUGACGUAUCAGAAGGAGGCUGCUGCGAUGCGUGAUAUGGUCGAACAGUGGGAAGAUGAGCUGGCUGCUCUCCAAGAAGAAUGUGAGGAACAACGACAAAAGGCCCAGCUACACUGCGAGCGGGUAGUUGUUCGACACUCGCACGAUUAUUAUGGUAAGCGAUUAACAGAUAUCAAGCACCAAAUUGAGCACGAACGAAGCCGAUUUCAGGGCAUGGACCUCGCUGAGCUAAGAGACGAUUUAGAAACAAAGAAGAUCAAGUACCGAAAGAAAAAGUAUAACUUUGACAAAUUUCGGGACAAUCUUGAGCGAAUUCGCACAAUGCUUGAGGAACGCAAACGUGUGUGGCAAAUUUUACGCAAGGAAAUUGCCCACCGCACAUCCAUGGAGUUCAACAAGUACAUGUGCUUGAAUAACUUUGCAGGCAAAUUAAAGUUUAGGCACGACGAUCAGCGGCUCGACAUCGCUGUGUUACACAAUGAAGUGGGCGCCUCACGAGAGUCGCAGGUCACUGAUAUGAAGGAACUAUCUGGAGGGGAGCGGUCCUACACUCAAGUAUCGUUGCUCCUGGCCCUUGGUGAAAGUAUUGAGUGUCCAUUUCGUGUCAUGGACGAGUUCGACGUUUUUAUGGACUCAGUUAAUCGAGACAUGACUAUUCAACUUCUUGUGGAUGCUGCCAAGAAGGAUGGCAAGAAGCAGUUUAUUUUUGUGACUCCUAACGAUCUCAGUGCUUUGCGCCGUGAUCCGAUGGUAAAAAUCCAAAAGAUGAAUCCGCCUCGGGAUCGACUAAAUGCUGAGCGCGACUAG